AUGGAGUGCCUGGCAGCGGCUUGCAAAUGGCUAUGCCAACCCGCCCCAGCGCCAGCGAGGCCAGGGGCGAGGUCUGAGGCCUCCGAUGUCGCGGACGAGGAGGUCGACGAACUGGAGUUCGGCCCUUUCCAGAUGGCAACAUGCGCGGAUGCUCCUGGAAGCUCACCGAGUCCUGAAGACCAGGAAGACGGCGACCCCGGGGGCAAGCCAGCGCUACCAGAUGGACUUCAAGCAGCGAAGUCUCUUCAUAAGGACGACGAGGAGGGGCCACAGAGCCCUGGCACAACUGUGCAAGAGACGGAUCUGGACUCACAGGAGACGGAUAUGGACUUCGAGGAGCACAGCGACUUCGUGCAAAAGAUCUGCAGCACGCCAACUGAACAGAAGCCGUCGCUGCCAGAUGUACCCUACACGGAGAAGUCCGACAAUGCUGAGGAGGGGCCAAAGAGCCCUGCCUCAACGGCAGACGACACGGGCGAUGAGGCCAUUGAGACCAAGAUCACUUUGAACAUCUACGAUGUGUCUCAAGCCGAGUCCGUGCAAUGGGUCAAUGCCUUUUUCGCCAACCAGUAUGCUCCUGUGCAGCUCUUCGGCGCCUUCCAUGUGGGGGUGCAGGUCGGAGAUGAGGAGUGGGCUUUCGGCGCCACUCCGGCUGGAAGCGGCGUCUGCCGCCACAAGCCGCGUGGUGCCGAGCAGCACCACUUCCGGCAGAGCCUGGCAAU